UUUAGAAGUCAGUCCACAGUCGAGUGUAUAGUGCAGUGUACAGUAUGCAGGAAAGAAAAAUGAGUGUACAAGAUACACGGUCUCCGUUUCAUUGUCCGCUGCGUCUCCCUGACGGCCACCGCGGCGCUCCACCUCCACGCCCGCCUCCGCCAGCUGCCUCGCCGCGGCCUGCUUCCGCCUUGGCGCCGCCCGUUCCGCCAUCGCCCUACGCGCCCAACGCCACAGCAGCCAACCGCUUCUGGCACAACAUCCUCGCCGCACUGCUCUAGUCCCGUGGCCUCCGGGCGGCGCGCAGGCUGUUCGACGUAAUGCCUCACAGGGACACCGUCGCCUGCAAUACAAUCCGAUGAUCUCUGGCUACGCUGGAAGUGGACGCGCUGAUGAGGCGCUUCGGCUUGCGCUAAGGAUGAAGGGGCCAUGUGUCAGGCCUAGCGGCCUCACCUUCCCCAUCGCUUGGUCGGUCGUCUGCUCUGCUUCCCAUGGUUCACGCAGCUGCUGUCCAUUACGGCUCUCCCCAACAGAACUCUGUAGUCGGCAAGACCUUGUUGAUGUGCAGUGCAUGUCGUUUGGAGUGUGAAUGUGCAGGACGUCGUGUCAGUGAAUUCUGCCAUGCCAUGUCAGUGUGCAAGGAUGAUGGUCAGAGCAAUGCAGUGUUUGAGUGUUUCCGGUUGAUUAGAAGCCAUGGUUUUUGGUUGACGGAUGUAGCGUGUCAAUGGUGCUUACCAUGUGCACAGAAUCAAGGAUUUGGCUAAGGGUUACCAGCUCUUGGCCCUUUGCAUCAGAACAUGACUCCUGCCAAAUUCUGCCAUUAAUAGUGCUGUUAUCGGCAUGUUGUCCAUGCCUGACAGAUUACCUGAUGCCGUUAGGCUUUUCGAGGAACUGAAAAAAUGGGACUUAGAAACAUGUAAUGUGAUGAUAUCGUGCUAUGCCAGGAGUGGUUUAGUGGAGCAAGCUCUGGGCUUCUUUGUGAUGGCUCUGCGAAAUGGUGUUCUUCCAACCGAGUUCACCUUUGCAAGUGUGCUGAGAUGGAGCUCAUGUUUUGGUCUGUUGAAGCAGGGUGGCCAAAUCCAUGCACUGGUAUAUCAACGUUCCUUGAAGCAUGCCAGGGAACUCUUCAAUGGUGUUUGUGUCAAAGAUUUGUUGAUCAUCAGUAUAUAUCGCAGAAUGGAAGAGCUUGGUAGAUCUGGUUAAUGAAUGAAUGGAUAUAAUUUUCCUGUUUAAUCCCAAUUACAUUGUCAUUCCUGGCCUGGAGCACUAUGCAUAUGUGACUGACAUGCUAAGCCAUGCAGGAUUGUUUAGACGGGCAGUAGAUUUAAUCGAGAACAAAAUGACAGAUGAGCCUGUUGUUGAUCCUUUUGCUCAAAGGACGGAAAUACGAAGAUUAGGGUUGAUUAUCAAGAAAAGAACAGACAUGGAAAUAUAAAGAACGCUGCAAAAGUUGGUGCUCUGCCAAGGCAAUCAUUUCCUAUUAUCAUCAUCUGCACAUCAUGCACUACUUUUUUUAUUUACCAUUACAUUAGCAACUCAAGUUUCUUAUAUAACGCUUUCUAAAAAAAACCUGUGCAGUCAGCUACAGCUUGCUGCCACAGCUGUGCCUAUCACAGGGACUAAAGCGGAUCUGCCAAGAAAAAUCUAAAAAACAAGAUCUUGCGAAUCUUCAGUCAUAAAUAAGGUUGUGCACCCCACACGAUUUCUUUUAUCAUGGAGUAGGGCAAAUAAAUGCUUGGGAAACGUAUCAAACUAUACUUUCCGGAAAUUUCUAGAAAGUUUCAAAAGGAGAAAGACAGACUAUAUCUUUAAUUGCUUACCGUAUCAGUAUGUAGAAAUCACGCAUAUUCUACAGCUGUGCCAUCCUGCAGCUCUUGCUAUCAAGGUAUAUAAAUACAGUUUUCUUUGCCCAGCUUUGUGCUAAUCGAAGAGAUAAUUUCUUAGGUGCGCAAGAAAUAUGUAUUGCACGGGUAUGUACAAGCUUGUUUGAUUUUUUCUUACAUCAAUCUAGUUAUGCAGUAUUUUUUGGAUCGGUACAAACUAUUUUAGAUCUUUGUGAUUCAGCACCGCAAUGGCCAUUCUCCAGAGUUCUAGAUCUAAGUAUCAAUAUGGUUUCAGCAGUCGUUGACUUUCUUAUUAGGAGGUCAUAAAUCUAACAAAAAUUCAUCCUUGACGCCAAUAGGUAUAGAAAUCGGUGCUUGUCAUGAUCUGAUAGUUAUGAUUCUUCUCAGGGUAGCAUAUGAUUUGGUUGUAGGAAGAUUGUGACCCCAAGAUCUGUAUACUAUCAUUCUCAAAUCUUACUCUUCGUAUUGAACUAUCGGUCAAAGCGGUCCCACGGGAUCUACUGGAUGAACUGGAAGGUUGGGAUUUUGGCAACAUCGUGUGAAUGAUGCCAUCUCUGAAGGGGAUACAAGUGCGGAUGGUGAUAUCAGAAUAUGCGUCUUAAUAUCGAUGAACAAAAUAUGUCUAUAAAUCAUGAAAUAUAGUGUGAAUGGUUAAUCCGUGGUUCACAUAUUCGUAUUUCUUUCUGCUCUGUAUAUUCAUAUCCGCUGCUGGUAUUUGUAUCUUUUUUUUUUGAAUAGCCAUACUCAUCUAUCUUUUUAAAAUGGCUAUGAUGUGAAUAUAGUUUUUCUAUAAUCCAGCCGCGUUUGAUGUGAGAAUUCUUAAUUCAAGAGUUAUAGGGAGGGACUUAUGUCACCACAAACAGAAACUAAAGCAGGUGUUGGAUUUCAAGCUGGUGUUAAAGAUUAUAAAUUGACUUACUACACCCUACUUUUUGACCCAUUUUGCCUUUCUAGGUUGGUGGGCGCUUUCGGAGCAAUAUGGAUAAAAGAAAUGCCAGAAAGACGGUCUUGGAAACCUCAGCUUGCAAUGGGUGAUGUUGCUGGUGGAUCACAUGUGUAUCCUGCCUCAGCCUAUCCGCCUGGAGCAACAGUGGCUACAGCUCCUGGCAUCACUCCUGCUGGUUCACAGCCAACGCCACCAUUCCCAGCAAAUCCAGCUCAGCUUAGUGCUCAGAACCAGCUUAUGUACGAGCAGUCGCAGCAGUAUCAGCAGCAGCUCCAGCAACUGCACCAGAGGCGGCUCCAGCAGUUCUGGGCCCAACAACGGUCAGAGAUCGAGCAGGCCACUGACAUCAAGAAGCACCCCGUGCAACUCAAAAGGAUAAGGAAAAUCAUGAAGGCCGAUGAGGGCGUUCACAUGAUCUCGGCAGAAGCUCCGGUGGUGUUUUCGAAAGCAUGCGAGAUGUUGACACUGGAGAUGACGAUGAGGGCAUGGAUGGUCACCAAGGAGAACAAGCGCCAGACCUUGAAGAAGAGCGACGUUGCCGCUGCUGUUGCUAGGACCGACGUCUACGACUUCCUGGCGGACAUAAUCCCCUUGGACGAGAUGAAGGAGGAGGGGGUCGGGCUUCACAGAGCCGGGCCGCCGCCGCCACCCUUGGGGGCUCCGGCUGGCGCAUACCCGUAUUAUUACCCGCCGCAGCUGCAGGUGCCAGGUGCAGCAAUGGUGCACGGUGGCCAGCAGGUGCCGCAGGGCCAUCUGCCGCAUGUGUGGAUAGAUCUUCAGGAACAGCAAGAGAAGGAGGAUCAGCAAUCUGAAAGUGGCUGACAACAUGUGAGCCAUCACUAAAAUUCAGUAUCCUCAUUUUAGCCAGGACAUCCAAAGUUCCAAACUAAUUUUCAGGUUUCGUUCGUAAUAAGUAGAUUAUAUGAUUGUUUGUUUGGUCUGUCGGUAUGGUGGGAGAGAUUUACUAGUUUCCCUCAUGGAGGUUUUGUUGUUGUCGUGGUUUGUUCUUGUCGCGGUGUCUUUAGCGAAUUUGAUUAUGCUUCGAGACGAGUCGGUUAAAAUUUACCGUAGCGUGUCCAUUUCCGUAAUCCCGUUACUCCAAUCCAAACUGAAAGUUGGCCUCUGGAUUCCGGUUAUGUCUUUUCGAUAUGCAAUCGUCG